UUCCAUGAGAAGAAGACCCAGGGACGGUCGGUGUGUAGUCGAGAGCUUCAUAAUUCCGAUUCCCCUAGACCUCGGAAGUCAGUGGGACCAAAUCCAAGAACUACAGGGUUAGAAUAAAGACAUGAUGGCAAGGUCAACACGAUCACAGGACUUCUACCACGAUCCACACGCAGGCUCCCUCUUGCAAGGCUUGCAGGAACUGCGGUCUGACAACCUGCUGACAGACGUCAUCCUCUGCGUCUCCGGAAGAGAGAUCCCGUGCCACCGCAAUGUCCUCGCUGCUUGCAGCGGGUACUUCCGUGCAAUGUUCUGUAACGGACAUCGCGAGAGCCAGGAGCACAAAGUCACCAUUCACGAGGUCAGCACCAACACCCUGCAGCUGCUUGUGGACUAUGCGUACACGUCGGAGGUCACCAUCACAGACAACAAUGCAGCGAAACUGCUGGAAGGCGCCAGCUUCUUCCAGAUCCAACCCGUGCAUGACGCGUGCGUGAAGUUCAUCUCUGACAAUCUUAGCUCUAAGAACUGUCUGAAGAUGGUGCUCACGGGGAGCAUGCUGUCCUGCCCUGACCUGGAGAAGAGAGCGUGGUCCCAUGUCACAAGGGAGUUCUCGGCAGUCAGCAGGACCCGGGAGUUUUUUUCUUUGACAAAGGAACAGCUCAUAAAGCUGAUCUCAUCUGAUGACCUUGGGGUGUCUGAGGAAAGCGUGUACACCGCCGUGAUGGCCUGGAUCAACCGCGACGUCGAGGAGAGGAAGGAGGACAUGAAAGACCUGCUGAGAUGGGUCAGGUUCCCCUUCAUGGACAGGAUGUACUUCAUGGAGAAUGUGGAGAGGAACGACGCUGUACGCAGGGCUUGCCAGGACUUCUUAACGGAAGCUCGUAGGUACCACAUGUUCCCGGGAGAGGUCCAGUCACCGCGCACCCGUCCACGCUGUGCCACUGGCCUGAGGGAAACUUUAGUGGUCAUUGGAGGAAUAGAGUUUUAUAAUGGGGAUGGAGCUGAGGACCUUGCAUUCAUCUCAAACCGCGUCAUGACAACCACAGUUGCAGCACCAUCAGGCUGUGAUUUUGGCUCAGAGACAGGUUGGUCUAUGAUGACAAGAAUGAAGAGGAAAGAUGACAGUGGUUUUGCCGUGGCUGUUCUCGGCAGAUGCGACAUCAUCGUGUCCACGGGCACCAGUUUUGCCAAGGAUGUGUGGCUGUACCAGCCAGAACUCAACUCCUGGUCCAGACUUGCUAAGAUGAACGCCAAUCGGUACAAUCACAAGCUAGCAGUGGUUCAAGGGAAAGUGUACGCCAUUGGAGGAAGAGACGACUUUUCUGCGCUGUCAAAUGUGGAGAUCUACGACAGGAACCAGAACAGGUGGACUGAGGGCGUUCCGCUCCCACAGCCGAGGUACCACCACGCAGCGGCAGUGUUGGACGGCAGCAUAUACGUGAUGGGUGGAUUCAGUGCCAAUCACAAUGAAACAGCUACGGUGUACAGCUUCACCCCAGGUGACACAGAGUGGAAGGAAAUGAGUAACAUGCCCCAACCAGGAGGUGGUCUCAACGCUGCAGUUCUCAUGGGCAGCAUCUAUGUUACUGGGUUUGGUGGAGGCUCCGUGUGUAAGUGGAACCCCUGGGAGUCCUGGAACUGGAUGGAGUGGCCAGCACCUGUCCCAUUGGAGUGCGGGAUAACCACGUACCAGGGGAAGAUUUACAUCACGGGAGGCGACAGCGGCAACAACAGGGGAGGCAGACAGAUCUGGUGCUAUGAUCCAGAAUUCGAGUCAUUCAAGUCUGCAGGAAACUUGCAGUGGAAUCUGUAUGGCCAUGCCUGCGUCACCAUAGUGAAGUGUUGCUGAUUUAAAUUUGCAAGUUGAUGAUGAUGGCGUCAAGUUGUCUGUUCUGUACUGGACUGUACAAAGCUACCAAUCGUGUUAUUCACGAGUUUCCCAUCCCCAGGAUGCAUUGCAAAAACAGGGGUCUAAACCUCAUUUGCAUAGGACAGGAAGGCAUCAGAAUGAUCCUGGUGACAUUAAUCAGCUUGGUUUUCACUGUUAAUUAAAAUACUAUGGGUCGAAUCUGACAACAAAUAGAGUAUGAAGUUUUUGUGUUCUUUUUAACUUGGAACAUGUGGUUUGUAACGUUACAG